AUGGCGGCGGCGGCGGUGGAGUCGUGCGAGGUGAAGACGGUGAAGUGCGCCGACAUUCCGCGCGACAUUGAAAACGCGACGGCGGACGGGGCGGCGGUGCCGCGCGCGGCGACGCCGCGCCGGCAGGCCGAGCUUUACCGAUUUCGCGCCGCCGACCUGCUGUACUACGCGUCCUCGGUCAGUUUAUUUUUCGCGGACGUAGCAACAGACAGCAUUGUAUGUGUGGAAUACCUUUUGCAAGGCCACUUAGCGUGGGGAUGCUUUGCAAUGGGUUUCACCGUCUUACCCGCUUGUGUUACCCAACUAUUUAGUUUGAGAUGGCAUCGCAGCGACGGUUCCCUGCGGACUGUUCACUGGUUGCUGCACUUCCUUCUACUCGGCUUUUUGCACAGGUACUUGACUUUGCUUUACACUGCGAUGCACUCUUUGAGAAAUAAGUCCGGCUUCAGCAGGGACAAGAAUUGGGUGUAUCGGCAGGAAAGUGACAUAUGUAUGUUGCACUUGUUUAAGUCGUUUAUGGGAGCUGCUCCGCAGUUGAUAUUGCAGCUGUAUGUCAUUGCGAUGCUAAACCACGCGCCGCUGUGGACGAGUACUUCCGCUGUAGCUUCUUUUUGUUCCUUGACGUGGGCCGUGAGUACGUACAUCAGAGCCAUGCACAAUAUCAAUCGCGAGCGCAGCAACGCGACCUGGGUCGCUCUCGCUCUUCAGGCUUGCUGGCGCGGCGGCAUGCUCGUGUCGAGAGUCGCAGUUCUGGUACUAGCGGCUAUCUUCCUAAGAACGUGGUUUUUUGUAUUUCUGGGUCUGCAUUGGCUGUUCAUGACAAUCUGGGUGAUUCUGCAGAAGACGGAGUUCUGCCCCACCGUGUGGGAGGAGCGCAUCUACAAUUGCGUGAUCGGACUGAUCUACUGCUUCGACUUCUUCAACCUACGCGACGGCAGAUCGCGCUACCGCGUGCUCGUCUUUUACUCGGUGAUCGCCGCGCAGAAUCUGACCUUCCUGAUCUUGUACACGUUGCACUUCAAGGACACCGUCGCGAGCGGCUACACGAUGAUCGCGAUCGCGACCGCAAUAGUGUGCUGCAUGCUCGUCGGUCUCGUGAGCAUGUCGCUGUAUUACGGCAAGUUUCAUCCGUCGAGAACAUCGGCGGCGAACAUCAGCCGGAGUAUCAGCGAGCACACGACGGCUACGAAGGUCGACAUGCCCAGAUCCUUCAAGCUGUUCCAUCGCGGUUCCUUGGCGUCGUUGCACCACUCCAUCGACAUCUCGCCGAGGGCCACCCAGGAGGUGCCCAUCGACAAGCAAUCCUUGCUCACGAAUAUCGUGCAGAUUUCCGACUGCGCGGAGGAGGGCAUUGUCAAUCGCAACUACAACUCGGAGAGCGAGUCCAGCGCGAGCGUCGUGCGCCUCUCCACCGAGUGCGAGAGGCCGCACAGUCGCGUCGGCGUCAAGCACAAGGAGGAGAUCGCGUCGGUCAACGACAAUCCGGACAGCGCGCUUACUACGAGCAGCGCGGCGCCGUUGUGCUCCCUGUACCCGGGCUUGCACGACGUCGACUCGUCGCGUAAACGCCGCGGCAUUUACGAGCACGACAUCACGUCGCAAUUGGACUGGCACGCGCCGGACAUACUGAACAUCGAUCUGGAUCAGCUCGGCAGUCGCGACAGCUCCGAGCGGAGCAGCUCCCUCACGCUGGACUCCUGCAGCAAGAUGAUCGGCGCGCUGGACGUUAUCAAGAACAGGGGAAAGCUGACGACCCCGACGCCGUUGGAGAGCAGCAGGAUAUUCGAUAUAGACAAGGUGUCGAAGGACCUGCAGCAGCAGCGGGACGAGACGAUGAGCUGCGUGACGUCGAUCCACGACUACGAGAACGUGUGCCCGCUGGGAGUCGCCCGGCCGCCCUGGUGCAUCCGCAGCUGGAGGGGCUACACGGACAUCGAGACGUACAUCCACGACGACAGCGUGGUGCGCGACCGGCGGCGGGACACCCUGACGAGCACGACCGGCACGACGGUCAGCUCGGAAUACUCGGACGGUAUGAUCUCGCGAGCGCUGUUGAAGCAGGACGAUUACGCGGACGCCCUGACGUACGACCUGGUGGAAUCCAAGGGCGACAAGUCGUCUUACAGCGACAGCAGCACGUUCUCCGCGUCCACCGUGGACGAGCAGAACGUCAGUCUGUACGUGGCCAAGCCGGUGGUGUUCGACGAUCGGGGCGGUAUGCUCGCGCUGGACACGAUAAUGGAGGAGCGCGACGACUUGUCGUCGUCGUCGUCGUCGGACGAGAAGUUUCAACACGGGACGGAGCAGUCGCGCGACUCCGCGUGCACCCUGGUGAGCACGAUAGACCAGAUCAGGCGGUACACGGCGGAGAACUCGCCGCGACACAUCUACCACACCACCGGGACGCAGUGGGAGGACCUGAAUCCCAGGAACUUGAUGGCGCGGGCGCACUUUGCCAAGGUGUUGUUCGACAACGAUCUCAGAAGCGCCUCGGCGACGACCGCCUCGAUCGAUCUGACCGCGCGGGACGUCGAGAAACGUGAGAUAGACGCGAUCCGGGAGUUCGUCCGAUGCUGCGCGAUAGAGUCCAUCAAGAAGACGCCCCUGAUAGAGGCUAUCCUGUCGGACUCGCCGAUUCUGGGCAGCAGGGCGAGCAAGUUCGUGCGGCAGGUUACGUUCGCGGAUUGCAGGCACGACUUCGACGCGAACGAGAGCGAUCUGUACGUCGAAAUGAGCCCCUUGGUGUCCGUCGAGAACGGCGAGAACCUGUGCCAGGCCAGGCCCGCCGACGCGAAGACGGACGCCGAGGAUGCGGACAGCGUCGCCAAGCGAAACAAUCUUCCCACGAUAUCGAAGAAAUCGCCGAACAAAGAGAAUCUCUCGCCAAUUCUGCUGUCGUCGAACAACAAUGGGCGGAUUAACAGUAUUCACGAUAACGGGGACAAUAAUGACAGGCACGCCUGGGCCAUAGAGAGAGACGACAGGAACGACAAGUCGCUGUGCAACAUGCGUUUCAAUCUGAAGGAGAAGAGACACUUAUUUCUAGAGCAGGUACUCUCGCCGGUUCCGAAACUCUGGAACAAACGUAUCUCCUUUCAUCCGAGCACCAAAAAUUUAUAGUAAAAACAAAUUCUUCCCCACCCCUUCGGGUUUUCUCACUCGCGUAUUUCAUCCCAGACAACGUAUAUAGCCCAAAAUCGGCACAUAAGACGUCUCAAAGCUGUCUACAAAAAACUUAACACUAGAACCGCGGCUGUGUAAUUUUGACUCAUCUGAUCAUUCUUUUUUUUUUCCAGUUAAUUCGGGUUUGCAAUUUAGAUUUUUGUGAUUUUAUAAAUAAUGAUCAUAAUUUUAAUUACACAAGUAAUUUGUCUCUUAUAGUGGCAGCCCUCCCUCGUAAAAAUCCAGAUUUAUCUUAAACCGCGGAUCAGUUUAGACCCACCAUUUGAUAACGAUGUGUUGAGACAUAGAUUACUUCCUGCAUCUAUGGCAUAUCAUCUACAUCGGUUUUUGUGUUUCACGGGCAAAUUUUGCACGGCACUAUUUGUGACAAUUGAACGACACGUUCCGUCCGCCGCGAGGGAGGGGAGUAGUAUACUUGGUACGAUAAUGUUAAAUUACGUUCAAACUCACGCGUGGAUGGCACGUACACUUCUUGCUUUUAUUUCACUACGUGUGCGUAACACUAUCGUUGAUUAUGGCCAUGCGUAGACUAAAUUGGUUUAAUUAUUAGUACUGUAUUUUAAUAUUGUAGUGAUAAGAGUGUAUUAUUUAGUCACCACUUUGUCCACCUAUCCAAAAAUCACAAAAGAGUAAUAUGAGUCAUAAGUCAUCGCAAUUUUAGGGAAGACCAUAGUUCAGUUUUAAAGACAUCUUUGUGAGAGAUAUCUAAAAUACGUCUAGAAGAUCAUAAAGAUCAUCAGAAUCUUAUAUCCCGAUUUUGAACUUCACAUUAUUUGGGGCCACCGAAAAUAAUCUAUUCGAAACUCAUUUUUUAAUAUCGAAUAUUUUUAUUACGUAUUUACGGCGAAUUUCCCUAUGUAUUGAAGCAUGUUUACAGCGAAAAUUAAUUGAUUCACGUUUUACAACUGAACGUGAAACAACUCACUUUCAUCGAGCCAAAAAUUUGAGCGACAGAUGACAAAGGACUUAUCGAUUUUUUUGUUAAUAUACUCGGCACUGUUUGUCUUUCAUUACGAAUUAACUGAGCGGCAGUUCAGUUUUAUUUUGCUCAAGUGUGUAUUUCUCAUUUAUUUUUUUAUAUUUAGGAAAUUACUCUUUAGAAGUUUUAGGACUUUUCCCUCGUAUUGAAAGCCCUCGUAUAUAAAAAAUGAGAUCACAUUAGAAAUUGAUCUUAACCCAUUAUAGUAUUGAAUACCUUUUUUACGAAAAUAUUACAUUGUUAUCGCGCAUACAUAUCUGAUAAAGUAAAUCAGGAGGAUAAUAAUUACGAUGGAAUAUGGUUGAAAGACACACACCACAGUACAAAUAUACCGCAAUAUAUACAGGAUGUCCCAGAGAAGUCGUAUGUCCUUUCACCGACGAAUUCUGGGAAGCAUUCUAAGCGAACGGACAAUACGACUUUUUUUUAGGACACCCCGUUCAACAUCACUCGUUAAUUAGGCACAUACAUCUUGAUUUUUACCCAUGACUUUAUAAGCUGCGUCGCGCUCGACUUUACAUAAAAUAACGUAAAGUGAACGCGACGUAAGCGUGUGAUAACGCACCGUCCGAUUGUUACAAGACAAAGCUAUAUAUAUAUAACGACUUAAGUCUUAGUAUUGCGCAUUUGCGAUUAUUGUAUAUAUAAAAUAUGUCUUAUUUUUUACGUCUCGUACCGAGAUUAUUUUUGUACGCAAUUUUUAUACUAUGUACAAUAAAGAGACUUUGUGUAACAAAGGAUCACUCAAACAUCCUGGUCGCGAUCAUA